UGCUGAUUUGGCUUGUUAUUGGAGGAGCAUCAAAACUAUCAUCUGCAAGCAUCACCGUAACUGAAAAGCGUACAAACGGAAGAACGACCAAACCGCCAAUAACAAUAAAAUCUCUUUUGGCUCGAACAAAAUCGCCAAUUACCAUUAUUCAACUACUGCUUCUUUCUUCUCUGCUUUCCAAUUAGAUUUUUCUUUCCUUUUGUUCCCUCCAAAGGCCAACACUUUUUUCUCCAAGAAAAUCCUCCCACUAUUUUCCGAGAAAAUCCUCUUUAAAGCUCCUGUUUCCCUCCUAAAAGUAGACGACUCAAAAUAAAAUCUUUUUGUCUUUCCUAGAAAGUUAGAUUAGAUUACUGAUUUUACCUUUGAUUUUGAUUUCUUUCGCAUUUUUUCUAAUAAAAAGCUCACGAUCAAGAAAUGGACGACGUGAAAGACAAGGUCAAGGGGUUCAUGAAAAAAGUCAACAGUUCGUUGUCGUCCUCAUCUUCCUCUUCCGGUAAAUUCAAAGGCCAAGGGAGAGUCUUGGGAUCGGCUUCUUCAGGUCCUUCCAAUCCGAUUCCGCAUCGUUCGUCGCAGAUUCCCCAAUCAAAGCCCCUUUCGGCUCCGAAUUCGAAACCUGCGAAUUCUCCGAAAACACCGAGUGUUUCCGAUCAGAGGAGGUCUGAUUCUUCGAAUCCGGAUCGAGAACCGGCUAAUGGGUUCGACCCUUUUGACACGCUGAUCACCAUCGGGAAGAGAUCUCAAAAUGGGUAUUCGGUGCAGGUUUUCGAGUGUCCGAUUUGUGGGCAGUCGUUUAGGACAGAGGAGGAGGUUUCUGAACAUGUUGAAAGCUGUGUCAAUAACAACAGUGAUAAUACAGUUGAAAAUGGGGGUUCGAAUAACGAGAAUGAUUCGUCGGAGAGUGAGUUGGAGGCUUGCAUUGGCGCGUUUCUUUCGGGAGAAUUGGCGUCCGGGUCUGUUGAGAUUGUGUUUAAGCUGUUGAACAACGUAGUUAGGGAACCUGAGAAUGCCAAGUUCAGGAGGAUUCGGAUGGGUAAUGCGAAGAUAAAAGAGGCGGUUGUUGAUGUCGCGGGAGGGGUCGAGUUGUUGGAGUUUGUGGGGUUUGAAUUGAAAGAGGAGGAUGGGGAAAUGUGGGCAGCAAUGGAGGUUCCCUCUGAGGAGCGAAUUCGUUUGAUAAAGCAUGCAAUACGAUUGCUUGAACCGCAGAAAGUGCAAGAACCGGGGAGGACAAGUGACUCCAAGCCGGUAGCUUCAGUGGAGGUGGAGGAGAAGGUUGAGCCAAAGAAGAUUGACAGACAGACCAAGGUCUUCUUUUCUGUCCCCGAAAAUGUAGCAGCAAAAAUAGAGUUACCAGAUUCGUUCUACAACCUCUCACUUGAAGAGGUGAAAAGAGAAGCUGAGAUGAGAAAGAAAAAGUUGGCAGAUUCACAGCUUUUGAUCCCCAAGUCCUACAAAGAAAAGCAGGCAAAAGCUGCUAAAAGGAGGUAUAAAAGAACUAUUAUCAGGAUCCAGUUUCCUGAUGGUGUGGUGCUCCAAGGUAUUUUCAAUCCAUGGGAGCCAACAAGUUCUCUCUAUCAGUUUGUUAGCUCAGCAUUGAAAGAGCCAAGUUUGGAGUUCGAGCUGUUACAUCCGUUGGUUAUCAAACGGCGGGUGAUCCCUUGUUUUCCUGCAGCAGGACAAAAACCAACAAUACUAGAGGAUGAGGAUUUGGUCCCCGCGGCUCUCGUCAAGUUUAGACCAAUCGAAACAGAUUCCCUUGUUUUCACAGGGCUGCGCAAUGAACUCCUAGAAAUUAUGGAACCGCUUGUAGUUGAUACAGCUGUUGCUCUUGCAUGAGCCUGAAUCCAGGUACUAGCUUUCCUUGACCGUCUUCAGUUUGGAAACUAAAGCCUUCAGAAUCAACCUGUGUUCUCUUGUUUGUGCUGUAACUUCUAGCUGAUUACAAUUUGAAUGAAUUUUCACACUUUUAUAUACGCCCUUUAUCAGAGCCUAAAAUGUCUAGGUUGUAAACUAAAAUAAGUUGAUCUGAUAAAGAAAAAGUAUGCUGGAGUUUGAUAUUGUCUUUCUUCAUUUACAAUCAUGUGAUAUGUUGCUAAUGGACCAAGACAAUGGUUGGUCCAAUGGUAAGACAAUGGUGCCUUUUGAUAAAUCUAUUGGAGCGUGGUUUUUGUUUUUU